CACAACCGACUGCAGUCCGCCGCUCUCGGACGAAAAAGACAGUCACUGCCAACCUCCACUCAGCGUCUAACAUAUUAUUAGCUCUCCUGGAUCUUGCGGCUCGGCUUUUUUUUCUUUCUUUUUUUUUCUGCGGUUGCGACUUUUGCAUUGCGCAACCGAGCACACUGCACAUCUUAGGCUCUCAGGUAAAGGGGAGAGUGGAGGGAUCGGUUUGGGUUCGAUAAUCUGGCCGUAGAGUUAAGACAGGGGGGCUGAACCCAUGGCCCCUUUAGUAUAAAACUGCGAUCGCACAAUCUUUUGCGCGUCCCCCCCCCCCCCCAAAUGUUCAGGACGGUCAAUUACCCGGCGGUGGAUCCCGCGCACACCAUCAUGCACGGUGCCUGGCUCACCACGGGCUGCAGAGAAAACACGCCCGUGGCCGUGGAGAAACCCAAGAAAAAGGCGUUCAGCCUGGUCAAGAUCAUGUCCCUGAGCAACAAGAAGGCGCACGUCCAGCACCCGCACCACCACCACCACCACAACAACAACAUGCCUUUCACCAUCCACUGUCAGAUCGGGAAAGAAAUAAAGCACAUUUGCAGCAACUGCAGCCGCGGGAACGACACGCAGGACGCGGAGGAGGUCGAGAGGCUGGCAGCCAUGCGCUCCGAGUCCUUGCUUUCUGGCACCCACACUCCACCCAUCCGCCAUCGGAGCAAGUUCGCCACUCUGGGGCGACUCCUCAAGCCCUGGAAAUGGAGGAAGAAGAAGAGCGAGAAGUUUAAGCAGACCUCUGCCGCUUUGGAGAGGAAGAUGUCGUUGCGACAAAGCAGGGAUGAGCUUAUCAAGAGAGGGGUGCUGAAGGAAAUCUUUGAAAAAGCAACCGUUGAAUUCCGAUCCUCCAUGGAUGGUGGCAUCAACACUCAGGACUCUAUUAAGACAUCUAUGGUCCUGUCCAGCAAGAAAAAUAUCACUUUUCCAGGCGACCAUCAGGAUACCCCUGCCAAGCCACCGCUCUAUCACAAACAGCCUCCUGCGCUCCCUCCAAAGCCUUUCUCAAGGAUCCCAAACCAUAGCACAGAUUCUUGCCAGCCGAUGAAGCUGCCCUGCAUGCCCGGGGGAAAGCACUCUCCACCCCUUCCUCCCAAGAAAGUGAUGAUUUGUGUGCCUCCAGGGGGGCUGGACUCGUCCCCUUCUCCAUCCCCAAACCCUCUCAGCUCGCUCCCACCAAAGUGUCCCCCCCCACAGGGGGGGCCGCCCCACCACGGCACCCUGCUGCCCUCUCAUCUGGCUGGGCUCUCCGGGCUGCACCAGAGCCACGGCCACCCCCUUCAGCUCCAGUACGGCAGCCUGCACGCGCCCAGCCGCAUUAUCGAAGAGCUCAAUAAAACCCUGGCGCUGUCCAUGCAGAGGUUUGAGAGCGCUGCUUUGCAUGGCGGCGUGCAGUGUGCCCCCCUGGACCGAAGGGAAGUGCCGUCAGUGAUCAUCGACUAUGAGGAGGACAAGGAAAACAUGCCCGACGAGUCUGACUAUGAAGAUCUGCCCAGCAUGUACAAGGAUGAGGAGGAUGAUGAGGACGACGAUGAGGAUGAUGAUGAAGAUGAUGAUUCUAUAUUUACAAGUACCCUCGCUCAGAAGGUGCUCAGAAAAGACUCCCUUGCCAUCAAGCUAAGUAACCGUCCAUCCAAAAGAGAGCUGGAGGAAAAAAACAUACUACCCAUGCAGACGGAUGAGGAGAGACUGGAGUCGAGGCAGCAGAUAGGCACCAAACUCACUAGGCGCUUGAGUCAGAGACCAACAGCAGAGGAACUGGAACAAAGGAACAUCCUCAAACGUGAGUGGCUUAAAUCCCGCAAUGAGCAGGAGGAAAUGGAGGAGAAAAGGGAGAUAAAAAAAAGGCUGACACGAAAGCUGAGCCAAAGGCCCACUGUCGAGGAGCUCAGACAGGCCAAAAUUCUCAUCAGAUUCAGUGACUACGUGGAGGUGUCAGAUGCCCAGGACUACGACAGGAGAGCAGAUAAGCCCUGGACCCGACUCACAGCAGCCGAUAAGGCAGCCAUAAGGAAGGAACUCAACGAUUUCAAGAGCAAUGAGAUGGAAGUGCAUGAGUCCAGUCGCCAUUUAACCAGGUUUCACAGACCAUAGUAGACCACCACUGUCUCGAGCAGUGCCGGACCGGCGCUAUGCUCCGCUGAGAACCUUAAGUGCUGGACAGUAUAAUGGUGCCCAUUUCUACAAUAUGGCCAUGUCCUCUGAAAUGCCUUUUCAGAACCCACACAGCUGAGUCAGUACUACGCCACAAGACGCAGACACCCAUCGCUCCACCCACCGUUGUAGCACAAAAUUACUCUUAAUUAAUCAACAUUUGCCCCCGUGAGGAAUUGGCUCAACCUUUUCUUAAAGCCGUCUGCUGAGCUCUCAGGGCUGCGUUCAGUUCUGUGGUGAUUGGACAGCGGGAAGAUCUUUGUUUGCAUUUUAUCAACACUUGAAGAAAAUCAGUAUUGGCUCAUCGAUAACACCAGAGGACUUAUCUCAGUUGGCCCGUUUUCCUCCCUCCUUGUUAUGGUGUCACCCUGGACUCCUCCAGCUUUUUUAGAAAAACCUGCGAGAAAAUUGAGAGAGGAAUGUUCUAAGUUUAUUAUAUCAGCAGAAGAUCCAUCUUUGCAGCACAAGCUGGGAUUUUUGGUAACCUCUUGAACAGUGACGACAGGGAGAGGGUGGCCUCCACAUUUAGAAUCGUGCAAUAUAUAUAUAAUUUUUUUUCUUCUUGCUUUUUGUGGACACUGGCACUCCCCGGAUUUUCUUUUGUGUCACUACUUUUGUAGUCUCGAUUCUCCUCUUAUGUGCAAUUCUAACUGUACCAGCACUGCUGACAACUAAUUGCUAACUGUGAAAUUGAGAGUUUGGGAAUACCUGCACUCUCUCAAAAUGUACAUUUUGUUUAUACAGAUAAAGGAAAGUCUCAUUUAAAAAGAAUGAAUCAUACUUAACCAAGUUCCAUUCAUGUCAAAGUUUUAUGCAUUCAAUAUGAAAAAAAAAAUGCAACUCUUAAACUAGAAAUAUUCUGGACCCAGAGUGUGUAAAAUGUUUGGUUUCAUAAAGUAAAUCCAUUUUAGUUCAUUUUAAGGGAGGACUUUUGGGUCAUAAAUACUUAAUUUCCACGUCUUUACACAUUCCAGAGCUUGAACUGUAUUACUUUAAAAGAGAAUAUUGAGAGAUGAUUUGCCACUUUUUCUUGUGCAUUUUGUUUUCAGCAGUGUGUUUAGUAGUCUUCUGGUUUCUGGUGUGCAUUGAAAUAUAUACUUUACUUUUAUACACAGCAAUACCCGUUAUUUGCAGACAAACACAAUGCCUGCACUUUAGGGUUUUAAGUUUUCUUCUACGUUUUUUAAAUGAUAUUUCAGAGAGGCAUUGCUCUGGAGGACUGCUUCAGGUUUUUCUUUCUUGACUGAGCCACUUAAACAUCUGCCUCUUUAACCAUUUCACCAACACAUUCAGGCAACAUUUGAUGAAACUCGUUGAAUAUGAUGUUCCCAACUUUAAACAAUAGGCUCAGAUUUUAGUGCAUUCUCUAAGUCAGCAUUUCUGAGUAUUUUACUGCUUAAAUACUUCACACUAUUUAGAGUUUUGUUCCGGAUGUGUAAAAUAAAUUGUUGGAUACCCGAGUUGUAAUCACCUGAAAGCUGAUCCCACAGCAGUAUUUCAGUGCUCAUAGUUCAAGCUUUAUGUACACAGAUUUUUUAAAUGAUGAUUUUUAUUUUUACUGUAUUAUUUUUGAAGUUGCAAAUGAAAUUCUUGUCAGAUGAGGAAAUGUAAUAGGGGUAAGGCAGUCUAUUAUAAUUAAUGUUUGUCUGUGUUGUCCCCUUUUUAAAUCUUAAUUGAUUGUGGAUGACCCAGUAAAAUCAGGGAAUGUCAACAUACAAUUUGUUUGCACUGCAGUUUAUACAUGCAAGAAAAAUGAGUGUCGUUUUCUCAUCAUUUAACUGUUUCCUGAAGAUUUCUCAUGGAAGUCAUUCCACCACUCAUUCUGUUGUCAGAUCCAUUUAUGAAAAAUGAAAUCUAAUUUCAUUGGGUGAUUUUUUUUUUAAUGAGUUUUUGUAUUUUGUUAAUUUUUUCCCUAUUUGUGUGUUUGUUUAAAAAUCAACCAAUUCAGGAUGUAUGCAUCACGACUGUUUUAUUUGGUUUAUUUCCCCUUUUUUUCAAUCACAGGUGCAGUAAAAUAGAACCUGUUAGGAAUGAAUUUAUACAAUUUUUCAACUUGUAACAAGGAUCCUGAGCCAGAGACUGAGCAUGAUGCUCUUUUUUGUUUUUUACAUUUUGCUGGAAUCAAGGAACAUGAAUUCAGCAAUAAUUAGUUUCCUUUCACAAAAAGAUGAAGCAGCUGAAAUUGAUCCCACUUUAUUUCCCCAUUUAUGAAAUACAAAAUGUCAUGUAAGGGACACAUCAUUGCUAUUAAAUCCAAUUUCUGAAUGCAU